UCUAUACUUGUUUUGUUGUCGCUUGAUCGUGAUUUAUUUAGGUUUUCUAUCAGAUAAUAACAGAUAUGAAAUAAUACUGGUUAGCUCAGUCAAGUUAACUUUUCUAAAUUUAUAAGGUGUCCAACGAAUUUAUUUCUCAACUAAGAUGGCUGAUACUAAACUAUCGAAAAUAAACCAAAACAUUUGCGGCCUUUGCAACGACAAACAAAGCAAAUACUGUUGCCCUCGUUGCGAGAUAUUCUACUGUUCUCUAGAUUGCUACAAGUCUGAGAAACACCAAGAAUGCUCGGAAGGUUUUUACCGCGAAUGCGUAAACGAGGAACUGACGUCACAACACACGGACGACGAAUCCAAAAAUCGAAUGAUCGAUAUUUUGAAACGGAUGCAGGAUGAUGACAAUAUUGAUAUUAAUGAUUUAAUUGAGUACGAUGAUGAUGAUGAGCCUGGUGACUCUGAUGAUGAAGCUGGAGUAGACCUUGAGGAAAGACUCAAAGACUUAAAUCUCGAUGAUGCAGAUGCUGUAUGGAACGCUUUGACUCAAGAUGAGAGGAACGAAUUUGAAGCUCUAUUAAAUCAGGGUGAUGUAGGGUCUAUAUUGCCUCAGUGGGUGCCAUGGUGGAUGUAUCAUAAGGAGAAGAAGUUAGUGGAAGAUGUCGGUACUAAUGAUGAAGAGGCUCUAAAGAGUUGUCCUCAGUUGAAAGUUGUCCCAAAGUUUGAGACUUUAACAGCAGUAAAACCAUCACCGGCCAUCAAAAACAACAUAACUAAUGUCCUUGCAUCAUAUGCCUUCAUCAUGAGGUAUUUCAAUGGUGAAGUGGAUCCAGCCGAGGGUAUUGUUUAUUUACUGGAUGUUUGUGCCAAUCUGGAAAGCAAUACAAACUUUGAUGAUCCCGCUGUUGCCUUGGAGGCAGUGGCACAGAAGUGUUUACAGAGUGAACUCAUACAAACUGACGAAGCUAGUCUUACUGUAAUGAAAAAAGACACGUUCUUAAUAAUUCGAGGUCCCAGCGAAGAAAACGAAAAGUUCUACUGCAAGGCAGCUUUAUCACAUCUACACCAAAUACUAACCAAAGCGAAAUCAGCAGAAAAGAAUAAAAAGGAAGAAAAUAUUGUGAAAGAGAAAAUGGAAUUUUCUAGAAAAUUUCCGAAACACGAGAAGGAACACUUACCUAGUUUAGAUAUAAGCAAAGUUAAGAAGUGUAUAAAGAAAGUAGAAUAUUACUUGUCGUUUAUAGAAAGCUUUAAUAUGGAUUUUGAUGAAUAAAUUUAUUAAAGUUAA